AUGCACAGCAAGGACGGGAGUAGCAGCUAUACGAAAAAGGUAAUAGAUCCGCCUGGCAACUUCGAUGAGAAUCUGGGGGAGAUGGGCAAACCCGUCACGUUGCCCAAGGAGAUGACCGACGAGAUGAAGAAGGCCGUGGAGACUGGCUGGACCAACAAUGCCUUCAACCAGUAUGUUUCCGAUCUGAUAUCGGUGCACCGCACACUGCCGGAUCCCCGGGAUGCCUGGUGCAAGGAUUCGGCCCAUUAUCUAUCGAAUCUGCCUGCCACAGAUGUCAUCAUUUGCUUCCACAACGAGGCCUGGACCGUACUAUUGCGGACAGUGCACUCGGUACUGGACAGAUCCCCGGAACACCUCAUUGGCAGGAUUAUCCUGGUGGAUGACUAUAGCGAUAUGCCGCAUCUCAAGACGCAACUGGAGGAUUAUUUUGCCGCCUAUCCCAAGGUUCAGAUUAUCAGGGGGAAGAAGCGCGAGGGCUUGAUUCGUGCCCGCCUCCUGGGCGCCCAGCAUGCCAAGGCGCCAGUUUUGACGUAUUUGGAUUCCCAUUGCGAGUGCACUGAAGGCUGGCUGGAACCGCUGCUGGAUCGCAUCGCCCGGAACUCCACCACCGUUGUCUGUCCCGUCAUCGAUGUCAUCAGCGAUGAUACCUUGGAGUACCACUAUCGCGACUCCAGCGGCGUCAAUGUGGGUGGCUUUGAUUGGAAUUUGCAGUUCAGCUGGCACGCGGUGCCCGAGCGCGAGAAGAAGCGCCACAAUGUGAGUAGAUUUCAGUAG